CACGGUUCCCUGUAAAACAAAUCAAGAGACAAGAACUUCAAGAAUCGAAGAUCAACCCCGGCGAGGAAGAGGGAUCUCUGAAGAGAUCCAUCGCGAGAGGAUCAGAGCUAGAGAAGAGAAGAACAAUGGCGACGCUGGCGCCGGGGCUCUCGCGGAAGCUCAAGAAGGUGCUAGAGACACGGACAGACAGCCCUGAUCUGCUCGACUCGCUGGCGGCGCUCUCCACAUUCUACGGCGACAACAACCCGCAAUCUCGCCGUAACCUCAAGUCCUCAAUCGAGGAGCGUGCCCUCGCCAUCAACCACACCUUCCUCCUCGCGUCCCUUCCUGCUCAACAGGCGCUGGAUAGAGUUGAGGAGGAGGUGAAUGCGCUUACAGAAUGCUGCGAUCAGAUCGCAAAGGCAUUAAGCAGUUGUAGUGAAACCACAGGGGAUAUCAUCAGUACCACUGAGAGACUACAACAGGAACUUGAGAUUACUACGCAAAGGCAAGAAAUUGUGUCUUGUUUUCUUCGUGAUUACCAGCUGACUAAUGAAGAGAUAAAUGCACUAAGAGAAGAAGAAUUGAAUGAAAAUUUCUUCAAAGCACUUGCACAUGUUCAAGAAAUUCAUGCCAACUGCAAAGUACUGCUGAGGACGCACCACCAGCGUGCUGGUCUGGAGCUUAUGGACAUGAUGUCUGUAUACCAGGAAGGAGCCUAUGAGAGACUCUGCAGGUGGGUGCAAGGAGAGUGCAAGAAGUUGGGUGAUAGUGAUAAUCCUGAAGUCGAUGAUCUUUUGAAGACAGCAGUUCGAUGCCUUAAAGAAAGGCCUGUUCUUUUCAAAUACUGUGCAGAAGAGGUGGCAAAUAUGAGGCAUCAUGCAUUGUUUAGACGAUUUAUAAGUGCUCUGACUCGAGGGGGACCUGGAGGGCUUCCCAGACCAAUUGAAGUCCAUGCUCAUGACCCCUUGCGCUAUGUGGGAGAUAUGUUGGGUUGGCUACAUCAGGCUUUGGCAUCAGAAAGAGAACUUGUACUUGCGUUACUCGAACCUGAUGCAAUAACUGAAACUGGGCCCACUGCUCAACACUUUUCCAAGGGCUCUGAAAGUGAUUUGGCAAAAACAGAACCUGGCACGACCUUUGUUCUUGAUAGAAUAUUUGAAGGUGCAUGCCGACCUUUUAAAAUCAGAGUGGAGCAAGUUUUACAGUCUCAACCUAGUCUUAUAAUUUCCUACAAACUUAGCAACACUUUGGAGUUCUAUUGUUAUACUAUUUCAGAUUUGCUGGGGAGAGAAACAGCUCUCUGUAAUACACUUUGGCUACUAAAGGAUGCUGCUCAACAGACCUUCUUUAAUAUUUUGAAGACUCGUGGGGAUAAGCUCUUAAGAUAUCCUCCCCUAGUUUCUGUUGAUCUAUCCCCUCCACCAGCUGUAAGGGAAGGAGUCUCUUUGUUACUUGAGCUGAUUGAGACUUACAACAGCAUGAUGUUCCCUGCUUCUGGAAAUAAACCUGAUUUUGAUCCAGUAUUAUCUGCUUUGCUUGAUCCUAUGAUUCAGAUGUGUGAAAAAGCAGCAGAAGCACAUAAGUCUAAAGGAACACUUUCAAGGAGGAGCAGGACAAAUUCAGACGUAAGCUCUGGCAAUAGAGAAUCUUUAUCAGUUGAUGCAAUUCUGUCCAGAAAAACAUCCAUCUCACCUCAGAGUGCUGAAUCUUCAUCAAAAAUUUACCUUGUCAACUGCUUAUCAGCAAUUCAACAACCAUUACUAGGGCAUGAAGUUGCCACAAACUACGCAAACAACUUAAACUCAACGAUCAAAACUCACAUCAGUGAUCUCGCUGAGAAAGAAGUCAAUGGCAUCCUUAGGAGAUGCGGUUUGCUAAGCAAGAUCUCCUACAUUCAAAAUCCUACUGCUGAAGAUGAACACAGGCUGUUAGCGGAGAUAGAUGACUUGUCACCUCCAGCAGUUGCAGAGUGCUUAAGGAAUUUCUUUGGACUAGUGACUGGAACCGGAGGUUUCCUCCCCGAGUUUGAUCAGCUGCAAGUCCCCAAGUUGCGUUCGGAUGCGUGUGUCCGGGUUGCGAGGGCAUUAGCAGAAGCUUAUGACCUCUUCUACCAAGCAAUCAUGGAUCCUAAAAAUGGUUACCCUGACCCCAAGUCAUUGAUGAGGCAUUCACCUGACCAAAUUAAAACCAUUUUGGAAAUUUAACCCUAUAUGAUAAGCUGUGUUUAUGAUCAAAGCAUUAUGCAAACUCGUUUUGCCGCUCAAACCAUAUAUCAUUUUGUGUCUGUGUAAUGUAAGGUUCAUUAAUUUUUGGAUCAAAAGCACUGAUAGGUUUUUUUUUUUAACAAAAUGAAUAAACUACUGUCAGAAUAUGUACUGGUGUGAAAGUAAAUAUCUCAAUUCAAUAUGAA